CCUGUCGAGAGACCAUUACUUAUUGGCUCCUCGAGCUUUAUCGGAAGCACAUCACCGACGUUGUUAUCGGUUUGGUGUCGCGAUCGACAUAAUUGGGGCAAGGCGAAUGCUGAAAUUAUUCCGUUCCACGAUCUCUCCAACUAGUCUUGUCCAUGUCACCUGGCGGGAAUGAAAGAAGUGCCUCGGGCCAUAUCCUUCGGUUCUUUACAUACUUUGUUGACGCAUCCUAAACCAAAGUCUAGUCAGUCGUGGAACCGAGCCAAUUAGCAGCUGAUAUCCGGAAGUCUGUACGCAAAAUGACGACGCGUCUUGAGGGCGAAAAGGCCGUUCCAUUGAAUACGCUGGAUGUUGCUCCUAUCUACCUCCAGGAUCGUGAUGUUGUAACGGAAAAGAACGCAACGAAAGGUGCCGAUGCCUUGUUGGCAUAUGUCGACAACUCUCAGCCCGUUGUCCUUGACGACGAGACCAGUCGCAGGCUGCUGAGAAAGAUCGAUACGCAUGUUUUGCCGUGGCUUUGUGGCUUGUACAUCCUCCAAUACCUGGACAAAGGCGUACUCAGCUAUUCUUCCGUAAUGGGGAUCAUGGCCGACGCAGACUUGACCACGAGCCAGUUCACCUGGCUAGGUAGUAUCUACUACCUUGGCUACAUGGCUGCCCUGCCUCUACACAACCGCAUGUUCCAAGUCUUUGCCCCUUCCAAAUACAUCGCUGCCAACAUGAUGGCGUGGGGACUCGUUCUUGCUUUCAUGGCCCUGUGUCAUAACUUUACGGGCCUGAUGGUUCAACGCGCCUUUCUAGGGAGCCUUGAAUCAGUCAUUAACUGUGGCUUUGUACUGCUCACUGCCCGAUGGUACCGCAAAUACGAGCACGGCGCCCGUGUAGCCAUCUGGAGUUCUUGCAACGGCCUCGCUGGUAUCGUUGGUGCGUUGAUCGCUUACGGCUGUCUCUCGGGGGUGGAUGCUGGCGUGCACAUCCUGCUCCCAUCGUGGAAGAUCAUGGCUCUCUGCCUCGGCUGUGCGUCCGUCAUCUACGGCGCCGCAAUGUUUGUCUUUGUGGCUCCGAGUCUCGUUGAGGCUCGUUUCUUCACGGAAGAGGAGAAAGUUCUUGCCAUAGAGCGGCUGCGCGACAAUCAUCAAGGCAUCGGAUCGAAAGAGUUCAAAUGGUACCAGGUCCGCGAGGCAUUCUUGGACGUCCGUACUUGGCUAUAUGUGGCAUUUGUGCUGACAUCACAGAUGCCCACCGCUGGGCUAAGCCUGCUUUCUAGUUUGCUGAUCAAGUCACUUAACUUUGACAGCAAACAGACACUACUGCUCGGAAUGCCCGGUGGUGCGCUACAGGUCGUCUUCCAGCUUUCGGCUGGUUUCAUUGCCGACCGAACCCAACAGCGCAGUCUGACCGCAAUCGCAAUGCAGCUGCUAUGUCUCUUCGCAGCAGCUCUGCUCAUUGGAUUGGCCAAUCUCGGUCCGUUGUACGACCGUGCUGGACAGCUUGCCGCAUUCUUCCUGACCGGAGGUGCCUGUGCCAUUGGCUAUUACCUGCUCCUAGCUACGGUGGCAUCAAAUGUGCUUGGUACAACAAAGAAGAUGACAACCAACGUUAUUCUCUUUCUCUCAAUGGCGGUUGCUUAUCUGGUCGGACCUCAGAUGUUUCGGGAUCCUCCCUACUACUAUCGUGCGAAAUAUGCGACUGUAGGACUAUGGGCAGCUUCGGUCAUCAUCUUGCUGGUGCUUUAUAUCUUGAAUCGCUGGGAAAAUUCUAGAAGGGACAAGAUCCAGGCGCAGUUGGCAGAACGAGGUAUAGCAGAUGCGGAAAAUGUCGAGUUUCUGGAUCUUACGGACAAAGAAAACUUGAGUUUCCGGUAUGUGCAAUGACAUGGUAUUUAAGUUGUCAUAGACAUGACAACGUCCGCUUUUUCACCGAAUUAGUGGGCCAAAAUGCGACUAGUUAGGUAGUAACCAAUCCAGUAGAUUACAGGA